CUCCGCUCCACAGAGGCAACGCCGGGACCUGGAGAGAGUCCUCCGCCUCAGAGUCGCCCCGGCGCUUAACGGUCUGGAAAUUGAGGCCGUCGCCUCGUUCGGUGAGCAGCUCGUUCCUCCUCAGGAGCCGUGAAAUUGUGUGAAAAUGUCACUGUAUCCUUCCCUGGAAGAUUUGAAGGUGGACAAAGUAAUUCAGGCCCAGACAUCCUUUGCUUCAAAUCCAGCCAAUCCAGCUAUUUUAUCUGAAGCCUCUGCCCCUGUGCUCCAAGAUGGAAAUUUAUAUCCAAAAUUGUAUCCUGAACUUUCUCAAUAUAUGGGUCUAAGCCUGAAUGAAGAAGAGAUACAAAGAAACUUGGCGAUGGUUCCUGCUGCAAAUUCUCAGGGGAUCGUUGCAAGGCCUUCUGCAGUAAAUUACAUGGUGGCUCCAGUAACUGGAAAUGAUGUUGGAAUUCGUCGAGCAGAAAUUAAGCAAGGACUCCGUGAAAUAAUCUUGUGUAAAGAUCAGGAUGGAAAAAUUGGUCUUCGUCUUAAAUCAGUGGACAAUGGUAUGUUUGUUCAAUUGGUUCAAGCAAACUCUCCAGCAUCACUGGCUGGUUUGCGAUUUGGGGACCAGGUUCUGCAAAUCAGUGGUGAAAACUGUGCAGGAUGGAGUUCUGAUAAAGCCCAUAAAGUUCUGAAGCAAGCACCUGGAGACAGAAUUUCAAUGAUUAUUCGUGACAGGCCCUUUGGACGAACUAUUACCAUGCACAAAGACAGCACAGGACAUGUUGGCUUUAUAUUCAAAAAUGGAAAGAUAACUUCAAUAGUAAAAGACAGUUCUGCUGCUAGAAAUGGACUUCUGACAGAACACACCAUUUGUGAAAUUAAUGGACAGAAUGUAAUUGGCCUGAAGGAUUCCCAAAUUGCAGACAUAUUGACAGUGGCUGGAAAUGUAGUGACCAUCACACUCAUGCCUUCCCAGAUUUUUGAACACAUUAUAAAGAGGAUGGCUUCAAGCAUUAUGAAAAGCCUAAUGGAUCACACCAUCCCUGAAGUCUAAAAAUUCUUUUGGAUGCAUCUGUAAUGAAAACACUGCUAAACAUUGGCUACUAUUUACUCUGCAACAUUUAUGUUCUGCACAUGAGCCUUUCUUUAAAGCCAAGAUGAGAUGCUGCAUUGAGCAUUUGCAUUAUGUUAUGGCUGGGAAUGUCCAAUCCAACACAUUACCUUGUCCAAACUAUGGAUUUUGUAGCCUUAUACUAGUUUGACACAACAAGUUGUAUGCUUUUUUCCUCAUAAGGUUAUACUGUAUAGUUCAACACUUUCUAUAAACCAUUGGAAUAGAAGAAAACUAAUUAUCUUGCAAGUGUUAGUAUUUGCUGUGAUUUGUGUAUACUGCCGCUCUUUGUACUUUUUCAAGAGAAAUUAGUUUUUCUACUACCCUUCUGUUUGCAAGGAUAUUUACAAUUAUGACUUGUAGUGCUAGUUAACUGGUUCUAGUAAUCUUGUUUACAAAAGCAUGCCAGUUAAGCUGAGCAUAGUAUUUAUCAUUCCAUAGGCAUUUUAAAUAGUAAAAUGUACACAUGAGCAUUUAGUUUGUUCUAUUGCUCGUACAAAGUCAUUCUUAAAUGCUUAUAUUCUGUUGCCUUAACCAUCUUAAAUCAGAAAUAAAGUUGCAAAAAAGUUCAUUUUUUAAAAAAUG